CUCAUCACAUUACAUAGUCAUGUUGUCUACUAGCCGUGUGCUAUUGCAGGAAUCUCAUUUUGAGCAACUAGUUGCUUGACUUUGUUUAUUCGUCGCGUCUCAUUCGAGGCAGCUCUCUGUUUCCGAAGGGGCUUUAUAUGUUUUAAGCCACACUGCGAAUGCUCAGUUUAUUCUUAAAACGUUAAGCAAACAGUCGUGAUUUCAGUGCUCCCCUCAUAAGAACAUCAAAAUCACUCAUUUAAGUUUAAAAAAAACAGCCUGAAAAUUGAAUUCUUGUCAAUCAAGAUAUGACAAAUGUUUAUUCUUAAAUACUCGUUUUAAAGCCGAAAAUAUCGACAUUAGACUUUAAACGGAAAAUACAUCUGCAGACUGCUUAAAAUAGUGCAAGAUUUUAAGUGUGUAUAAGUGUUAAUCCAUGAAAUGCAAAAGAUAUAAUAAAAUUUUGGUUAUGAACAAGUUGUUCAUAAAAUAAUGAAAUGUGACUUAAAAUAUUUAUUUAAGUGUAUAAACAAGUCUGCUAAUCGUGGUGGUCUGUGUGCUAUUUAUCUGCAAUUAUUUUAUAAUUAAUUUGCUUCUUUUUUUCUACAUCAGUGAAUUACAAUUGCAGAAAAAAGUGUUACUGGUGGAAGAAGUGCUGAGAAAAAAAAGACUGAGAGUAUCACGAGUAUUGCAAGUGAAUAAAUAAUACCUCAAAACCAUUGCAGGGGCAUUUAAAUCUCAAUAUCGACAUGACGAAGAUUAUGGAUGAACGACGACCUCCAGAGUCUCCGGGAGAUUUAGCAUGGACGAAGUUGUUGGACGAAAAUAGCUCAUCAGGACCAGUGAUUGUGAAAAUUGAUGACAGUUUACAAAAAGAAAGCCCCACAUCGUCAGAUACGCCACAAAUAGAAGGUCGAAGACAGUCAAUUCUUGGAGCAUUUCAGCGACAAAUACGACUAUCUCUUAAAGCUGUUAGUGAUUCUCCAGGACCAAUUACCAGAUAUCGUCAGACAAGAUUUUCAUCGAGGCGGGUGAGGAAACGUGUAAUUUUCAAACAUGGAGAUUGUAAUGUUGUGCAGGGAAAUGUGGCUAAGCGUAGACGACGGUAUAUGCAGGACAUUUUCACAACGCUGGUUGAUGCUCAGUGGCGAUGGACUUUGCUAGUAUUUGCACUGAGUUUUCUGCUAUCUUGGACGGCAUUUGGGAUAAUUUGGUGGCUCAUUGCUUACACACACGGUGAUCUGGAUGCUCUUGAACCUCAAGAUCCACAUGUGCGCCUCAUCCACAAUAAAUCAACAAAUCCAUGUGUAACAGAAAUAUAUGGCUUCACAAGCUGCUUCCUGUUUUCAGUGGAGACGCAGCACACGAUCGGCUAUGGAAAUCGGUACAUCACUGAAGAAUGUCCAGAAGCGAUCUUCAUAAUGUGUCUCCAGAGUAUUAUGGGUGUUUUUAUUCAAGCAUUUAUGGUUGGCAUUGUCUUUGCUAAGCUCUCUAGGCCCAAAAAACGUGCCCAGACACUUCUUUUCUCGCGAAAUGCUGUGAUAUGCCAUCGAGAUGGUAUACCAUGUCUUAUGUUCCGUGUUGGCGAUAUGAGGAAAAGCCACAUAAUCGAGGCGCAUGUCAGGGCACAAAUUAUCAGGAAGAAGGUGACCAAAGAAAACGAAGUUCUGCCGUUUUAUCAGCAAGAGCUCGAAGUGGGAGCUGAUGGCAAGGAAGACAGGCUGAUGUUUAUUUGGCCAACAACAAUCGUCCACAAAAUUGAUAAGCAUAGUCCUCUGUAUGCACUGUCAGCGCAGGAUAUGCUGAAGGAGCGUUUUGAGAUUGUUGUAAUGCUCGAGGGAGUUGUGGAGUCAACUGGAAUGACCACACAGGCUCGAAGUAGUUACCUCCCUUCAGAGAUUCUCUGGGGACAUCGCUUUGAACACGUGGUUUCUUUUCGUAAAGAAACGGGAGAGUAUGAGGUGGAUUACACACUCUUUAACAACACCUAUGAGGUGGAUACACCCCUGUGCAGUGCUAAGCAGCUCGAUGAACUCCGUGCCGAGUUGAACUCACCAAAUGGAUUAGAACGACUUUGUUCAUCGGGCCUCCUGCCGCGUGUGUCAUCGGCAGCAUCCCUGGAUCCAGCCAGUGAAGAAUCUGGUGAUUCUGGUCGCUUGCAGAUUCGAUCGUGUUCUGUGCCCAAUGGUAUUCCGGUCGCAGAGGCUUUGCAUCAUAAAAUUAAUGGACAGAAAAAGACACAAUCUGGACGACGUCUGUCCAUCAAGCAAGAAGCACUUCCAGUGGAUUCAAUGUGCUGAUAUUUGAUCAAAAUCGGAUUAGAUGUAAGAUUGAGACCAAUUUUCCAACCAGGUGGUGACUUAGUGUGAAUUUCCUUCGUGGGAAAAGUAUAAUCAAUAGAACGCGUGCUGAAAGAGUUAAACACUUUCUUCUCAAAAAAAAUGUGAUUCAAUUUGAAAAGAAUUUACUAGGAAUUAUGCUGAUAAACCAUUUAAUUUGAUCUACUCUGAAAGGGUUGUCAAACGAUGGAUUUUAGUUAACAAUUAGUUUUUAUUCCAGCAAAUAAAUUAUAUGAGAAAAUAAAUCGAUAGCCCAUAGUGUGUAAAGAUUUAAAUAAUUACCGUUUAAAAAAAAAUGAACUAGCUAAAGUGUAGAAAAAAAAUAUUUUUUUGCCAUUUUUAUAUCUUACUAAUUAAGAUUAGAAAAAGAGUCUUAUGUGAGAGAAUAAAUUGCGAAAUAUUUGGACAUAUUAA